CAAAGCUCUUGCUAUUGAGCCAUGCCCAGCAUCGGACCCUUGACAAAUGCUCGUUGUCGUUGUCCUCAAAAAAUGUUUCGUCCCCCUCGCCGAAACAGUAUCUACUUCUCAUGGAGCUUCUAGUUGUGUUGCAACGGUACUAUUACGAGGUCGUGGCCUCUUCAUUCGUCGUACUUCCUACAACCUCUCAACAGGAAAUUACCAAGGAGCUGUCAGUGCAUUAUUUUCGUACUUGUCGAUAUAUGGAGUCCGAGUCCAUUUGUCUAAAAGUACCAAAACCAAAUUGACCACCACGACGUAAAAUCAUAUACUGAAGAACCACGACUACCCACAGCAGCUUCCUACCGCUACCCUAUUUCCAUUGCAUACAGCUUCAUCAAAAAAAAAACAAUGUUUCCCUCGUUCCGCUGCUCAGUAGGUUUUUUCCUGCUAUCCCUGGUGGUCGCCUGCGAGUUCAUUAUUGCGACGAAAAUCGAUUUCAAACUAUUGACCGGGCGCACCGUGCUGACGAUUGAUACGAAAGAGGAAUUCGAAGAUCCACACGUCGCAGCUGUGGCCACCCAUGAUUACCGUCCCCUGUCCUCAUACCUGCGUGAAAAGCUCCCAGGGGAGUUUUUUGACAACGUAAACAGCAACAGAAAGCCGGAAGUUUUCUACAAGCUCCAGAAGUUAGAUCUGGAAACGACCACAGUGUCCGACCUGGUCAAAGCCGUGGAGUGCGACAAGCUUGCUUGUUUCACCCAUCGCGCUAGUCGUGGUGGUCGUGCAGGAGAUCAUCAUGAUGCCCACGACGGCUCGAGGAAAGCCGUCGUUGAGGAACAAAAGCAAGAAGAUUUUCACGAGGAUCUUUGCAGCGCCACCGUGAACAUCACCUUUGUGGAAAAAUCCAUCGCGGAUUUUCUUUUCGCAGUUGCGAAAAACCCGGUGAAGGAAUUGUUCGCUGGUGGAAAGGUGAAUUUUUCGCAACCGAGUAUCAGAUUUGACCUCCGAAAACUGCUGGUCGACGUACUUCCGGUUGUGGAUAAAGUUAAAGUGCCGGCAGAUGCUGAGCAGGAAGGCGAAGGUCGUCGUGGGCUGCAACAGAAGCAAGAACGGCCCCAAGAGCUGCAGCUGCCGUUGUUUUUGCAGAACUUGGUAACUUACCGGAGAAGCGGGCUGGAGAAAGAGGAAUCGGAAAGAAUUAGAGCAGCUUCACUACAGGGAGACGACCACGAAGAAAACGCUGAGGAACUACGGAGGAAUGACAACGCACAGAAGCUCGCCGAACAAUUCGACAAAGACUUCUUGCUGCCGUUGCAGGAAAGCGCUUUUGGUACAACUCCGGCCGCGCCGCUUCUGAGACAGGAGCCGGCGAAGUCUUCAUUUCCGUCCACACAAGCAAAUGGCAGUGCAGGUCAACAUCGUGCUAUCGCGGUACUAGGGGAACAGCAAGAGAAAAAAGAAACAACUGUCCGGCCGCAUUACUUCCUUGGCGAGUUUUACCCACGCCGCCGGGAGGAUGUCGGGCUUAAGUUUAAGCAGAUCUUGAGCAGCUUGAUGCAGAACCACAACUCGUCGGGGAGGAAAGGAAGCAGGAAAACAAGCAGAAAGAACCCAAGCCCCGCGACAACUAGAACGUCGGCCUUGGUGCCAGGAGAUCCUGCGAGUUCUUCUUUGCUCUCAAGUUCUACUUCUAUCGCCGCAGGAAUAAAUGUGCAGCCACAACGAAGGAGGAGGAGCACCCCAUCCAAGCAGCACAGCCACAGUGAUCAUGAGUCCUCUGAAGCCGAUAGUACUGACAGCACGGUAGGCGACUCUUCUCUGCCGAGCUCUCCUGCCAGCACCGCAAGCAGAAAUAAGGGCAGGAGGAGCAAGAGUCAGGCGGCUUCGAGAAAUGGACUACUACACGGCGCCCGCCCACCAGCUACUGUCACAGCAAGAAAGAUGUUGAAAACCCUCGCCGAAAAGGAAGACGCGCACAUCGGGAACUUGCCACUACACAUUCUCGAUCUUCUGGAAUCUGCUCUCUCCGGCGGGAGUAGCAGCACAAGUACAACUACAUCGCAUGCUGGGCGUCCACCUCGCCGUGAAGAAACUUCUAAACCCUUAAACUUCGGCUGUAUCCUGUACGAUUCCUACCCCGGCGGCCCUCUGAGCUUCGUCUAUUUCCUUUUUACCGAAACAAAGGAGCUGCAGCAGCAAAUUUGCUUCGAACUUGGCGCGGAUGCGUGGAAAGAUCCCGAGUUUGCACGGCUCGACGACGGGAGAAUCCUCCAAAUCCGGUUUGAUCUAGACAAAGUCGACACGAUUUACGGUCGUGUAGCGCAGCAAGUGCCGCACAGGGCCAUCAGCCGUGUGGGCGGCAAUCACACGCCCUACGAUUUGUAUGGCGUGAGCUUUACCAUGCGGGUUCCGAGAGUUGAGGCGGAGGGUAUGGAGUAUUUUCCACCGCCGAAAUUGCCGAAGACGGUGUUAACAACAGCUGCGGCGGAUGGUGAUGGAAUUGCAAACCACGAUGGUCCUCGUGGAGAAGAAGUGGAACAGGCUGGUGCAGCGCCAGCACCACAACCUCCUGCCGCUCAACAGGAGCAUCAUCAGAGGACCAAAACUAUGAGAACUGUACUGGAAAAAUUCGACGCGCUACCAAGGCCCUUUGACCUGGACGCAGUGCUCGCCGGACAGCUGCCGGAGCCGCCACGGUACGGGAUCGUGGAAUUCAAAAUGCAGAAAAACAACACUUUGAUGAAAGUUGAAACCGCACAUGGGAAUACUUUGCAUACUGCCCCGGAGGGCGGAUUUUUCGUGGUGUGA